GCAAGAGCUCGCCCGUGAGCGCGCCCCACCCUCACCUUCCGCGAGUCACGCCCGGCCCACUGAGCGGCGCGCUCAUGUGAUGCGCGCUCAGCUCUCCAGGGAGACUUUAAACACUUGGACAAGAAGUUGUUUCGUAAUUCGGGGAGUUUUUUUGGCGUCAAAGGUUUGUCCUGCUUAAUGCGACUGUGUCAUUUGGAUGUGUUUCACGCUGUCGUAAGCUCUCGCGAAAACUCACUAAAGGCAAACUUACAAUUUGAGGAUUUUAUCACUAACUUGCAAAACUUCAGUGGCGGCAGCCAUGCUCAUGUAUGAUUACCCAAUAAAGACAGAUAUGGAGACGUCUAUAUAUCAGACUUACCCCGCCUUGAUCAAACAACAGUCGGAGGCAUACGGAGUUGUAUUGCCAUCUGCCCACACGGCCCACCUAUACCACACUCACUACCACCCGCACAAUUAUCAAGCACACUACCCUUACGGAAGCUCCACUCAGACACACCCUCACUCCCACGAGGCCCAUCACUCCCAAAACGAACCCGUCGACUUAUCCGUGAGCAAAAGAUCCUCCGUUUCAUCUCCUUCAUCGUCUCUCUCGUCAUCACCCAGAGCAACUCCCCCUUCUCCAUACGAGCACGUCAGCCCGGUCACACGCUUUCGUCCUGGCUCCGGAUCUAUAACAGGAAGUGUUUCCGGGCCUUCCCAGACAGGACAGCUAAACCCACAAAUGGCUCUUCCCAUGCCUGCGGUAAGAAUGGUGACGCAGGUUUUGACUCCCUUUGUAAAUUCCAGCAUGAUCCCCGUAAUUUCAAUGCCGUUAUCCGUCCUCUACCCCUCCAUACACCUGCCGCCAUCCAUCAUGAUAUCAUCUGUGACACCUGAAGAUCCCACUAACCACAAACAGUUCCCAGCUAUGAAGUCUGAGAAUCCCCCUGAUCACCAUGAGCUCGUUAGGCCAAUCAAAACGGAGUCCCGCCCUGAAAACUCCCAGGAUUCUCACAGCCAGGAAACAACCUCAUCCGUAAUUACUGUAACACCAAACUAUGAGUGUAACACACACUCUGUAAUCGUACGUCGAAAGGUGGAGUCUCCAGAUCCCCUAAAGAAGCGUCGGAUUCAUCGGUGCGACUUUAACGGGUGCAAUAAAGUCUACACCAAAAGCUCCCAUCUCAAAGCUCACAGACGCACACAUACAGGAGAGAAGCCGUAUAAGUGCAUGUGGGAAGGCUGUACGUGGAAGUUCGCCCGCUCCGAUGAGCUGACCCGUCACUUUCGGAAGCACACGGGCGUGAAGCCUUUCCAGUGCCCGGAUUGCGAUCGCACCUUCUCGCGCUCCGAUCACCUUGCCCUGCACAAGAAGCGCCACGUGUGAACGGGGCAGAAAUUGCAUCUUUAAGUCUGAUCAACAGACGAGCUUCAUCUUCAAUGAUGUUAAGGGGCGUUUUGUAUAUCUCAGCCCCGUCUUGUCCAGAAGGAAGCAUAUGGGAAGAGAGAAUGGAGUUGAUGGAUCACACAUAGCUCUUAGUCCAUGAAAGAAAUCAUUGUCCUGAUGGAUUUUCACCACCAUGGACAAAUGCGGACAGUGCUAUGGAUAUGAUCCUCAAACAGACCCAAAUUUAACACAUCUUCGUCUUCUUUCUUCUGUUUUGUCCUCUGCAGGUCAGAGGGUACCAGUUGUGCAAACUACACACAUAAGUAGUUAAACACACACACACAUACUGUAUAUGCACACAGCAUCACAUUUAUAAUGUAGUUUUUGGAAGCAAAUCGGGUCAAACCUGUACAAUGUGAAUUUUUCUCUUUUUAUAGGCUAUUAUUAUCCAAUUGAAUGUGUAUACACAGAUCCUGUAUAUGUCUUUUGCAUGUUUCAAUGUUUUUUUGCUUCAAGGACCAAGCUCAUUGUCGAACACUUUUGUCAAUUGAUAUACUUGUCUCUUAGGGGGUUAAUACAUGGCGUUAUCAUGAGACCGAAGUGUUUGGUUCCCAAAGCCAGUCCUAUUUCUUACAUACCAGUAAGAUGGUGGAAUGUUUAAUGAAUUGUAAUCAUGAUCUAAUACCGUAGUUUUUUACUGUAAGUACUAUGUACUUCUGUAAGUUCUUUGUAACUACGCACAUGCACAAUGAUGAUAAUGAUAUUAAAGCAAUGAUAAUAUCCCACCUGAAUUCUUAAAAUACACCUAGAAAAAAAUGUUAACCUCCAAGUCGAGUGUUAAAUGCUAAUAAAUGCGUCCAGUCAGUGUCCUUGUUCUUCACUAGAUAAUAUCCACACUAUAAAUAUGAAUUGCAAGGACUUAUAAAGCUUCAUUUUGCAAAAUGUCACAAUUAUUCACAUUUGAAUAGUUUCUCUAAUCAUACUAAUCAUAUAAUCGAAAAUAUUUAGUAGUGUCUCGUUUUGUUUUAUCAAACCAAGUGUCAGCAACUUUAUUUCUUAGUUUCUCUGAGGGGUUUUCAGGUGGAGAAAUAAAAUGUGAACCAUUUAAUAAGGGGCAUUAUAUAUAACACACGAGUGAGUUCAUCUAGGUUAUGGGUAACAUUGUAUUAUUGCUUUUACAACUUUGUUUGUGAGAGAUGUUUAACAUGGAUAUAUGCAGGGACAAGUUUACUCUUGUUUUUCUGUUUGUAGGUUUUAAAAUCAUUUAUAUGUGAACAAAUGUUUGUAAAGGGCAAUGUGUGAACAGAAACGGUGCACUUUAAAAAUUAGAAAGCCAAAUAUUUUUUAAUGGGGGUUCAUAAAUAGUUUUAAGUCACAGCGUUUUAUUGAUUUUAUUAGAGACCUAAUUGUGCUUCCAAAAUCCUCAAUUUUCUGUUUUUUACUGAGGGAGUGAAAGAAAGAAAAUACUGAGAUGAGUUGAAGAAAGAUUACAGAGAAUAGGAGGAAGCAUUUUUUUACUGGCCCGUAAACCAAAGCAAUGCUGUAUGCUAGGCAAAAUGAACCAAUUAGAUUUGAUAAGAAAUAUAUUAAUAUAUAGUCUAUGUUAAGGAAUAAUAUGACUGAAUGGGCAAUUUAUAGACAGCAUGAUUAUUAUAUAUUUUUAUUUUAAACAAAUACUACACUUUUGUAAAGAUGUGAAUCUUCUUUUUUUAAAUUCCUUUUAUUUUCACAGUUCACAAAGGGGAAUAUUAUGCUGUGUCAUUAUAUCAAACUGUGAAUGCUCAAACACUUAUUGUAUUAUGUUGAUUUAUAUAUAUGUAUGUAUCAUUCAAUAAACUUUUUAUGGUGAAUAUUUUGCAUAAA